AUGAAACCAGCUUACACUAGCAAUAGCACCAUCUAUAGAGUCGUUAUUGACAAAGACUUGGAGCAUCCAGAUGGAGUAGCCUUAGAUCCUGAAGAUGGAUUGAUGUUCUUUUCCGACUAUGGUGGUCGUCAUCCCCGCAUUGAGCGAGCCUCGUUAGAUGGGAGCGACAGGGUCGUGAUAGUGCACACGGGUUUGAUACGAGCGUUGGCUCUCUCUGUCGACACUGUCAAUAACAUUCUCUAUUGGUCAGAUUAUGGUAGACACACACUAGAAGCCUGUAACUACGAUGGAUCAAGUAGGCGGGUUGUAAAAAGAAUCAACGAUACUGAUGUGACUGGAAUGCAUUAUUAUCAGACAUUUCGCAGCCCGGCAAUUCGCCUAGAGGUGGCUUUGGCGCGGGGUGGUUUACCAAAAAAGUAA